AUGAGAGAUAAUGUUAUGAGAGAUAAUGUUAUGAGAGAUAAUGUUAUGAGAGAUAAUGUUAUGAGAGAUAAUGUUAUGAGAGAUAAUGUUAUGAGAGAUAAUGUUAUGAGAGAUAAUGUUAUGAGAGAUAAUGUUAUGAGAAAAAAAAAAUAUGUUAAUGCUUUGCGUUGCAAAGAUUGCAAUGUUGACUUUAAGACUCAUUCAGAGUUAAACAAUCAUAAUUACGGCACUCAUGUGGAUAAAACAAAAGUCUUUAUUGGUAAUGACACCAUUAUGGAAGUUAGCAAGGUUGAUGGCAAAUUUAAUUGUCCUGAAUGCUCAAGCAAGCUCAGUACUCCUACCACAUUUAGCGCCCAUCUUAAAAAAAAGCAUAACGGCCACUGCGAAGCCAUUUCAAACAAAACAAAGCGACGAAGCCUCGAAGAUAAUAACAACGAUAAUUCUACAACCAUAUCAUUGAAACAUCGAAAGUUACAAAGCCUGAAUCUAAAUUUAGAUGAAAUUGAUUCAUCUCGAUCUCCAAAAGCUCUUGAUAAAAACACUGCUAUAUUGUUGGCAUCUGGUACAUCUUUAGGGUCAACUCGUGAAAAAGAGAAUUCUAUAAUGUUGGCAAGAAUUGGAAAUUUGGAACCAAUAUCCAUAGUGGGUGGAAGUGGUAAAACUUAUCAUUUUCUAAAAUCGUCAGACAGCAUAAGUGAUGUGCUAACCGAUCAACCUUCUGGUUCUUGGACCCUUCCAGCAGCCGAUACAACAGUCAUACAAAACUCUUCAUCCUCAAGCGUUGACAGCCUUCUGGAUCAUAUUAUAAAUACAAGUCCACUCUAUAACCACUUAUUUGAUCAAAAAUACGUGGAGCUUACAAUGGAAGUUACAGAGUUAAUAAACCAGGAUUGGACUUUCUUUCCUCAGCUUAGGUAUGUCACCUCGCAAAUUUUUGCUGGGGCAAUCCUAGUGAAUAAGACAUCAGCAUUACUCUUGAAUUGCAUAGAAUCAUAUGGAAGAUCGAAGACCGUUGAUGCACACCAUGAGCGCAGAAUUGGAACUGCAAUGAAUACAUCCUCUUUUCCCAAAAAACAACCAAAUUACGGAUGGAUUAAUAUUAUUACCACUCACGAAGACGGAGCAACCAAACUAAAAAUUGGCACAACGGUCAGUAAUCUGUUGGUGACCUCAAGUAUACGCAUAGACAAAAACUCAAUAACAAAGAAUAUUGUGGAACUAGGACCAACCACCAGAAAAGUGUUAGCGAAGGAUGACUCAACAACCAGUAUUGAUGUAGGAAAUUACUUCUAUCAACUUAGACAACUCAGAUCAAAAUUUCAUUGUUUAUCCACAUAUACUUUAUGUCGUUCAUCCAGUACAUUUGCAUAUGAUAUUUCCUACAGACCUUACACGAUUUGGACCCUAUGCGACUAUGAUUCUUCCCAACAAACAGACUCACAAUCUCAAUUGCUAUCUCAACUGUUUCAAACAAUCGCCACUUCAGUUAUCAACAAUGGCAUAUUGGCCCAAAUCAAACUAGAUGUUCUAAAUGAUCUAUGUAGCAAAUUGAAAAAUGGAGCAAUAAAAUAUACCAUCCGUGAAUUUAUUGAUCAACAAGAGAAAUCAUUUGCAGUCAUCAACAAUAUGAAACUGAACCAAUUACUCACAAUUUUAGCUGAUUCGAUGACUACAUCUAUUAAAAAUGCCAACGCAGUGGUGAACAGUAAUUUUACAACACUUCAGCGUAAAUAA